CUCCAUUCACACAGUAAAUAAAAGCAUGGAGGCUCUGACUCUCGGGAUCUAACACCGAGCGGCGGGGGGUAAAGACUGCCGCAUGCGCUCUCCCUUUCACCAAAACACACAGGAAGGAAGCAGGACAGCGGCGAACGCUUCGCCAGUUGGAUUGAACUCAUUUAACGUGGAAGAGAGGAUUGUAGUUGGCGACAGGAGCGGGGCAGCCCGCCGUGAGCAUGAAGCGGACGGCUGUAGUGGCCAGGCACAAUGGCCUCGUCUCUCCGCUGGGGAACAACAACUCCGGGGCUUCGAGCAUCGUCUCACCACCCCAGCCGAGAGCCACUGGUGUCUCCGCUUCUGCCGACAGUGGUGCCGCCGGUGGGAUGGACGGCCUGCUGGAUUUCUCCAAAGGCCCCACCGUCAAAACCGAGCUGGUCUGCAAAUGGAUUGACCGAACUUCUUCGAGACAGAGGCUUGGGCGGACGGCGACAUCCGUCUGCGACCAAACUUUCAGCUCCAUGCACGAGCUGGUGGACCACGUCACCACCGAGCAUGUAGCAGCGGGGCUCGAGACCCUCAGUCACGUCUGCAUGUGGGACGAGUGUAUGCGCGGCGGGAAGGCGUUCAAAGCCAAAUACAAACUCAUCAACCACAUUCGCGUGCACACCGGGGAGAAGCCCUUUUCAUGCGCAUUUCCCAACUGCGGCAAGAUGUUCGCACGCUCCGAGAACCUCAAGAUCCACACGCGCACGCACACUGGUGAGAAGCCAUUCCAGUGUGAAUUUUGCGAGAGACGCUUUGCCAACAGCAGCGACCGGAAGAAGCACUCACAGGUCCACACGGCCUCAAAGCCCUACGACUGCAAGGCCAUAGGCUGCACCAAGUCCUACACCCACCCCAGCUCCCUGCGCAAACACAUGAAGGUUCACGUCAAGUCGUCACCUACCUCUGAACCCCAGGACGCGUACGACUCCAUCCCUCAUCAACUUCAACAACCUCAUCAGGCUCUACUCGAGCCUCUCGACCUUAAAAUUAACCGCCUCUCUCCAUCACUUGCCAACAAAAACACUCAUUUUCCUCUUCUGUCCCAUCACGAAUUGGAUAUCGGCUCAGCCAGCGAAGUGGACCAUAAGCUUCUGCUGCAGAGUUCGUCUCCAAUGGCAAUGCCUCUGGAUCUCUCUCUGUCAGGCCUGAAGAAUCAGCUGGCCCAGAAGCAGCAGAGUGGCAGGACCCAGCGGAGGAGCCAGCGCUCAGUCAACCCAGCCUUACCUCAGUUGUCUAACAUUAAGGAGUGGUAUGUCUGUACCAGGACUACAGCACCACACUUUCCUCUGCUUCACCCAGACCACAUCAAAUCAGAACCUAGUGAUGACGAGGAGUAUGUCACGUAGGAUGGAGGGACUGGUGAAUUUGGAUGUGAAGAACGGACCUCAUAUAUUGUCAGACCCAGGUCAUGCCAGAGGAUGCUCUGCGGAAUCAUAGUUGCUGUAAUUUUCCAGAACCAGCAGUUGUAUGGUUCAACAUCAGUGGCCCUUCUAAGAUGGAGAGGGCUGUGAUCAGAUAGGAGGCUUUUUAACUCCGUCUCAAAUACAAAACUCAGCUCAGAGAUUGUCACUUUCUGUGGACCAAAAGCAAUGGCUCAAAUGUUGCCAGAAGGGACAAGAGGAAUUCCAUCAUUAUGGUUAUCAAACAAAAUGUUUGACCAAAACUGCAAGUUAUCGACUCAGUGUUAGCUAGCUAACCUGAACUAACACAGGGGAUAACAUUGUACAAAUGGACCAGGGAAUGGUGGUGACUGCUCUGCUUGCUGUUAAAGAAUAUGAAGAGUGUGUGUGUACGUGAUGACCUCUUUAGGGAGACAGAUUAUUGACCAAUUUAUCAAAGAGCUCCACCUAGAUGAAGCAAUUUCAAGGGCUAAAUUGACACAUAUGGAAAGUGGUUAAUGUUAACCUGAGUUCACGGUAGCACUGUACACAUGGUAACACAGCACAGGUCCAAAACAGCAGGCAUAUAGGGUGGAGGUGAGUGUGUGCCUGUUAAGGCCUCAGUAGGCUUCAAACAAACUAGCUUGUACAAUGUCAGCUGAUUUUGCUGUAGGGUUUCAGAUACUGUUAGGCAAUCCGACAUGCACUUUGUUUGAAGCAAACUGAGGCCUUUACUAACAAACCAGUGGUAGUAACUUGUUCAAAAGUGUUUUAUGUGAUCACAGUCUAAUCCAACACAGCAGCCAGCAGUGAAGCUGCAGUUUGAAGACAGUGGGACUGAUUCUUCUUUGUACUGAUCAUCAAGUGUCUCCUUAACCUCUUCAACUCUAUGGACCUUUCAGUGGGUUAAUCACCUGCAUCUGUUUACACUCCAUUUACAUUUUAGUCAAGAUCCCAAGGUUUCCAAAAUUACCAUGUAAGUCAUACCCAUAUUCCUUUAACAUCAAAAUGUGUAUUAAAUGAUGCACAAGACA